AUGGAGACCUCUUCACCACUCGCUGCCAUGCAUCGGCCGGCUGCGCCGUUUGGCAAGCGGGAUCUUUUUGCCAACCUCCACGUCCGUCUGUCGCCACAACGGCCUCGUGCCGGUGCCGGCUCCUUUAGCAUUCAUGACCAGAUGAACCAGGAGAGCGACUACUUUGGCAUGAAGCCUAUCCACGGCUCGUCUCCUGCCGGCUCCCUGGCCGCUGACCUGUGCCAGAACUUCACUAUCGGCGAGGAUGCCAGCCCCCGUUUCCCGACUCCUCGCCGGGCUCUCUUCACAUCUAACCAUGUGGUGCCCGUAGAACGUAGGGGGUUCAUGAAGCGGCCUCCUCCAAUGCCCGUCUCGUCUUCGCCCAGCAUGAUGGACAUGACUCCUGCGCCAAGAAGAACGCAGCGUACAUCCAAGAUUGAUAUGUCGUCUCCGUUAGCCGCUGCUUCUCUGGGUGCUUCGCCCCUGCAAGCAUCUCCCCUGCGGGCGUCCUGCAUGGAUGCCUCGCCGGCAUCGACAUCGGACGAUGAGAUGAUGUUGGAGUCUCCGUGUCCUGGGCCGCAGCCUGCUGCUGUGGACCUGCCGAGAGCGUUCGCUAGUGGCAUUGAGCGUCGGAAACCACUGCGGCGAUCGUCUCUGACCCGUACAAAGGGCUACUCCUUUGCUGGCCCGACCCGUUUCAGUUCGGAUACCCAACUUCCUGUCUUCCGAUUUGGCGAGAGCCGUCUGCCAGCUGCCGCCCCGACUUCGUCGCUCACUGCGUCGGAAUGCUUCCAGGACUCGUCACCAGCGCCAGCCGCCGCGCAAUCUCGGCCACACUCCUCAUACAGCCCGACUCCCAGUCCGUCCGUCGGGCCGAUUCGGUCGCGGCCGUCACUCCUGUCCAUGGGAAAUGCAGCAGCAGCAGCACGCAGCGGUUCGCCCAGCCAUGGCAUGGGUGUCGGCCACGGCCACGGCCACAUUCGCCGGACUUCCAGCUCGCUUGCCCGCCCUCGCCGACAGUACCGCCGGUCUAUAAGCAUGUUUGAGAGCCCUGUAGACGUUGUGCAGUCGAAGCGUGAAGAUGGCGUCAUGCUCCAGCCAGCACCGGUGCUGCAGCCAUCGCUGCUGGCGUCUGCGAUGGACACGGAUGACUGCGCCUCGAGCGAACCGAUGCUGCCACAUUUCCUCCCGGCCGACCCGACUGACUGCAUCCCGCGCAUCGACCGGUCCACGCUGCUACGCGUCAUGGACGGCGAAUUCGAUAACAGCUUCCAGAACAAGCUCAUCAUCGACUGCCGCUUCGAGUACGAGUAUGAUGGCGGCCACAUCAGCGAGGCUGUCAACUUCAACGACAAGGACCUACUGGCCAGCCACCUGUUCCACAACAACCAGGCCGAGGGCCGCACUCUGAUCGUGCUGCACUGCGAGUACUCGGCGCAUCGCGCGCCGCUGAUGGCGCGCCACAUCCGUGCCGAGGACCGCGCUGCCAACAUCGAAAGCUACCCCCGUCUGUCCUAUCCGGAGCUGUACAUUCUGGAUGGCGGCUACAGCGGCUUCUUUGGCGAGCACCCGUCCCGGUGUCACCCUCAGGCCUACGUCGAGAUGGAUGCAGUCGAGCAUGCCUUGGCCUGCGAGCGCGAGAUGGGCCGGCUGCGACAGAACCGCAAGGGCCUCCACCGCGCCCAGACGUUUGCUUUUGGCCAGCAGCAGCAGCAGCAGCAGCCGGCGGCCAGCCAGCGCUCAUAUCAAUUCAACGAGUUCUCGUCUCCCACUGCUCCCGGGCGCCCUAUUCCACAGGAGUCUCCGUGCAUGAUGCUCGGAGCCUCGCCGAUUCUCGGCUGCGAUCGUGGCCACAACCGGCGGAUGGCGUCCUACUAG